UCGCCAUGUCUGUGUCCCCGAACCACCUAGUCACUCUUGACCUGUUCUGCAAUGAAGCAGCUAGCGAGGUGGUUGCAUCGGAUUCCAAAAUUGCCAGCUGUGAAUCAUUGGCGGAUUCGAGUGUCUUGUGGGAUUCCGAUGAUGGAAGCUGUGCCUUGACCUUACUGGACUCCGAACUUGAUCUAAUACAGGAAAGACACCAGUCACUGGCACUGCUUCACGGAAAAGCAUGGCUCAGAACUGCUCGAGAAGAAGCCAUAAAGUGGAUGCUAAAGGUGCAAGGUUACUACAGUUUUACACCAGAGACGGCAUGUCUAUCCGUGAACUAUCUUGAUCGUUUUCUUUUGUCACACUCAUUGCCGCAAGAUGAAGCGUGGCCAUUGCAGCUAGCAGCAGUUGCUUGUCUGUCCAUCGCAGCAAAAAUGGAAGAAACAAGGGUCCCACUUUUACUAGACUUACAGAUGAUAGAGUCUAGGUUCGUGUUUGAGCCUAAAACAGUUCAAAGAAUGGAGCUAUUGGUCAUGGCCGCCCUCAGGUGGCGAUUGCGCAUUGUUACUCCUUUUGAUUUUGCUCAUCUUUUCAUUGCUAAGGCUAAGCUAUCAUGCUCUGCCUCCUGUCACAUUAAUAUUUCUCUCGUCUCAGAUGUUAUUAUCAGAACAUGCUUAGUAAUCGAUUUCUUAGAGUAUCCUCCAUCUGUAAUAGCAGCAGCUGCUCUGCUUUGGACAACCAAUGACCAGAAUAUAAGAUUCUUCCAUGAAAGCAUAAAUAAAGAUAUGGUGCAGCAAUGUUUGAACCUCAUGAAGCAGAGGAUUUUCCGGUCGGAACAUUUUGCAGCGACGAAUUUAGAUUCAUUGCCUCUAAGUCCUACUUGUGUGCUUGAUCUCGCGGCAAUGCAAGAGAGCAGCAUGUAUCACAGGCCCUGACUUGAAGUGUUUCUUCAGGAGACGAUAAUGGCCAAUAAGUGCCAUGAAAUUGCUUUCAAUUUGUCCAUUCCUGAUUCAUUUUAUUUUAUUUUAUUUUUUUUGGGUGAAAUAUUUUAUUUGUUUUCUAUUGGUGAGUUGAUGUGAUUGUGUGUGCAGUGUGGAAAGUUUUCAUUGGACUGGUUGAUUUUCUUCAUGAAAUAAUAAGAAUUUCCCCCAUUUUUUGA